CUUCUCCAUCUAACUACACACAUCUACUCCCCUCUUGGUGGACGAUCCCAGAUUUCCUGAGUGAUAUUCACAACGUCAACCAUGGCCCUACCAAUCCCAUGCUGCCUGCCUAAGUUUGGCACAAACUUUGCCGGCCCGAAACGGCCUGCGCUGUUGCGGACGAAGACCAGUCCAUCGCAGACUCUCCAGUUGCUGUCCGCCUGGGACCAAGGUCAAUUAGAUUCUUUACUCAAGGCCUCAUGGGCCUUGCUGCUUCAGCGCUACACAGGCCUGGAAGACAUCUGCUUUGGUUACCAACCAAUUGGUGUUGAUGGCGACUUUCACGAUGCCACUUCUUUGUCAGAUAUUCAAAAUAAUCCUCUAAUCUUUAAUCUUACCAUCGCCGAGGACGACUCGAUCCAUACUGUCCGACGCAACGCAGAGGGGAAGAAUGCUGAAAAAUGCGAGACUUCCCCGAGUCGGCACAAUCACACGCUGUUUAACACCGUGCUGAUGCUGCGCAAUUGCCGCGGUCCCUCGAGCGACGCCAGAGCCCCUCCUGUCCAGCCAGCCUUGGCAAUCCCGCUUCCAGAAGAGUGUCGGGUAAGACUUCAUGUCAAGCUCCUGCAAGAGGACAUUGGCAUCUUCCUGGAAUAUUGGAACCAUGACACCUCCAUGGAACACAUGAAGAGCAUUGCCGACUACUUCGAACAAAUACUGGCAAGAGUACUUUCGGAGGAUGACUCCCCCGCCAAAGACUUGAACCAUUUCUCAGACCGGGACUGGUCCCGCGUCUGCAAAUUCAACGCCGUCCUCCCAGAGGCGCAUGACCGCUGCAUACAUGAAGUCAUUAAUGAACAGGUCCUACUGCGCCCCGACGAUGAGGCCGUUUGUGCUUGGGAUGGAAGCCUGACUUUCAGAGAUCUGGACCUCCUUUCAUCCCAGGUCGCUUAUCAUCUGUAUGAACAAGGUGUCCGGCCCGAAACCUGCGUUGCUCUCUGUUUCGAUAAAUCGAAAUGGAAUGUCGUGGCAAUGCUCGGCGUUCUAAAAGCUGGGGGCGCCUUCGUCCCUCUUGACCCCACACAUCCCACUCCCCGCUUACAAUCACUUGUGCACGCCGUCAAGGCCAAGGUCAUGCUCUGCUCCAGAAAUCGGGCAGCAGCUUUGAGUGCAGUUGCGGAGACCCUAGUCCCGUUAGAUCAGGACGCCAUCGAUGACUUUGCCGUUUCCACCGGAGAAACACGGCAACUGCCACAGGUGCAAGGAUGCAAUGCCGCCUACGUGAUAUUCACUUCCGGCUCGACCGGAGAACCUAAGGGGACGAUGCUGGAACACAGAGCCUACGUCUCUGGCGCCAUUGCCCAUGCCCCACGCCAUAAUAUGUAUUCGACUUCGCGUGUCUUGCAGUUCGCGUCGCAUACAUUUGACGCGAGCCUUGUUGAGAUCUUGACCACCCUGUUGCAGGGAGGUUGCGUUUGCAUACCGAGUGAGGAGGAAAGAUUGAGUGAUAUAGUCAAGGUGAUCAAAGAACUGAGGGUGACACAUGCCAUCCUGACACCUUCGUUCAUCGAGUUCGUCGACUCUUCGCAGGUUCCGGGUCUAAACACACUGGUCCUUGCCGGUGAGGCAAUGUCAACCGGUCAGUUGGAAACCUGGUCAUCCAAAAUCACUCUCAUCAACGCAUAUGGCCCCACGGAAAGCUCCGUCGCGGCUGUUAUCAACUCAAAAGUCACACCAUCCUCGGACUGCAGAGAUAUUGGACUCCCAGUGGGGGUCCGUUGCUGGUUGGUGGACCCGGACAGCCACGAUCAACUUGUCCCCGUGGGCUGUCCUGGUGAAUUGAUACUCGAGGGACCCACACUGGCUCGAUGCUACCUCAACAACCCUCAAAAGACAAAUGAAGCCUUCAUCUACAAUCCGGCCUGGAUGAAGAGAGAUGGUGCCACACAAGAGGACCGGAGAGUAUACAAGACGGGAAGAAAGGACACACAGGUCAAGUUCCAUGGGCAGAGACUUGAACUGGGCGAAAUUGAGAACCACUUGGCUGCAGACCAAACUAUCAAGCAUUGCUUGACUUUCCUCUCCAAAUCCGGAUUUUCUACAGGCAGAUUGGUGGCUGUGAUUUCCCUUUCUGUUCAUUUCGAGAAUCAGUCAGAUCCUGAUGCAACGCCAUUGCGACUUCUUGAACCUUCUAAGAAGGCCCCUAUUGUUUCAGAAGUCCGCGAGAGAUUAUCAGCUCUGCUACCAACUUACAUGAUCCCCUCUGUCUGGUUAUGUGUGGAGGCCCUGCCACUGCUCGCGUCUGGAAAACUGGACAGGAAGGCUACCGCAAAAUGGAUUAGCAGCAUGGCAGAGGACCCCGAUCUUCAACACAUGCAGGCCAGCUCGGACCUUACAGAUGAAUCAAUGUACCCGGUCAACACCACCGAGGGUCAAUUAGCUUCGAUCUGGAGUCGCGUUCUCAAUAUCCCUCGCAACCAGAUUGGGCUCGACAAAGGCUUCUUGAACCUAGGGGGCGAUUCAAUUGCCGCGAUAACCUGCCUAGGAUAUUGUAAGAAGCAGGGAAUGGGUCUGACAGUACAGGAGGUGCUACACAGCAAGUCGAUCAGAGAAUUGGCAACGCGGGUGAAGAAGGUCGACCAGUCUAUUGUGUAUGAGGAAAAGAUCGAUGAGCCGUUUGAUCUGUCCCCGAUACAGAAGCUUCACUUUAUGGUCCGGAGUGAAGGUCAAGGCCAUUUCAACCAAAGCAUCAUUAUCCGGUUAAACCAACAUAUUGAUGAACACGACAUCAAACGCGCUAUCGAGACCAUUGUCAGCCGCCACUCAAUGCUCCGAGCUCGAUUGGUUGAAUCAGGAUCUGGACUACAACAACGCAUCACCGAAGAUGUAACAGGCUCAUACCAUUGGCAAACCCACGAUAAUAACAGCCAAACCGAGGUUGAUCAAGCUGUCGCUAACAGCCAGGCCUGCAUCGACGCAUUUGUAGGGCCAGUACUUGCUGUCGACCUCUUUUAUGAGAAUGGGAAUGCCCGCCUGCUAUCAUUGGUCGCACAUCAUCUGGUAGUUGACAUUGUUUCUUGGCGGAUCAUCUUGGAAGAUUUGGAGGAUCUCAUUACAAACCCAGACCAACCUACCUCGCAGAGUGGUUCUCUUCCGUUCCAGAACUGGUGUCAAAUUCAAGCCGACCAUUGUCAGCCAGAAGCGGCAAAGAUUGUGGACUUGCCUGAUGUCUCCGCACCAGACUUCGCUUACUGGGGAUUGGAGAACCAUUCAACUACUUAUGGAGAUGUGGACUGUGAGACCUUUGAACUUGACAGCGACAUUACCCGUUCUAUCCUCAUGGAAUGCCACCAAGGCCUUGGGACCGAGCCGAUUGAUGUAUUCCUCGCAGCGUUGUUGCAUUCUUUUGGACAGACGUUCAAGGACCGAUCUUUGCCGGUGAUAUACAACGAGGGUCAUGGUAGAGAAGCUUGGGAAUCAGCGAUAGACAUCUCACGCACGGUCGGCUGGUUUACUACCUUAUAUCCUAUUCUUCUUUCAGCACUCCCGGCAGAGGAUGCAACCGAAACGGUUGUUCGCGUCAAGGACCUGCGUCGACGUGUCUCCGAUAAUGGCCGACAGGACUUCGCGCGCCGCAUGUUAACGACCCGUGAAGAUGGAACUUUCAUGCACCAUAGUCCGAUGGAGAUUUCUUUCAACUAUGUUGGCCAACACCGGGAUCUGCAAAGAACCGAUGGUCUCUUCCAGCUCAUGGACCAGAUGGCUGGCGAGACCGGCCGAGGAGGUGGAGCAGCCGAUUUUGGAGCGAACACCCCUCGAUUCGCACUCUUCGAGAUAUCUGCAAUGGUAGUGCAUGGGAACCUCCGCUUCAUAUUUUCUUUCAACGGAAAUAUGCAGCACCAGACAGCUAUUCGCGAAUGGGUCAAAUGUUGCCACACCUUACUUCAAUCCCUGGGUGGACAGUUACAAUCUCUCUCACCGAGACCAACACUGAGUAGCUUCCCACUGCUAACGCUGACAUACGAUGAACUUGAUACAAUGGUUUCUAAAAAGCUACCAAGUGUUGGGAUUGAUUCCCUUGACAGUGUGGAAGAUGUCUAUCCUUGCUCACCUAUGCAGCAGGGUAUCUUGCUCAGCCGUUCUCGGGAUACUUCACUCUACGCUGUCCACGAUACCUUCGAAGUGAAAGGGUCCGGCAUCAAGCCUGAUGUGAACCGGCUGACUUUCGCUUGGCAGAAGGUUGUUGCUCACCAUUCAAUGCUAAGGACCGUGUUUGUGGAGGGCUUGACCAGUCAUGACUUGUACUGCCAGGUAGUUCUCAAAUCCUUUGAUUCGUGCCCAAGUUAUGUGGAAUGUGCCAAUGAUGAGGAUGUGCUAUCAACUCUCGACAAGCAGCAACCAGCCAUCUACAAUGACAAGGAGCCCCCUCAUCGGUUCACUGUCUGUCAGACAGCUUCGGGAAAGAUAUUCUGUCGACUGGAACUGAGCCAUGCGGCUAUGGAUGGCACGUCGAUUUCCAUCAUAGUCCGAGACUUACAAUUGGCCUAUCAAGGGAAGCUCGAAGACCAGAGACCACAGUUCAAGGAAUACGUGCACUAUCUGCAAGAAACAUCACAGGAGGCCAGUAUCGGCUAUUGGCGCAAAUAUUUGUCGGACGUCAAACCUUGCCACUUCCCUAUGUUGAACGAUGGCAACGCUUCCGAAAGAAGACUCCGGACCAUGAGAUUGAAUAUCGCUACUUUUAAAGACCUUCAAACCGUCUGUGAAGCCAACAGCCUGACUUUGUCAACUGCUUUCAAUACUGCAUGGGGACUCACGGUUCGCUCAUUCUGCGACUCCGACGACGUUUCCUUCACAUAUCCCACAUCGCUACGAGACGUACCGGUAGAGGGCAUCGACUCAGUUGUUGGACCCGUCAUCAAUACACUGACCUGCCGAAUCAAAUUCCCGAAAGGUGCUCUCCUGAAGGACAUCCUUUCAAAGGUCCAGGACGAUAAUAUGGAAAACUUGCCGUACAGGCAAUUGUCUCUCAUCGAAAUCCAACAAGCACUGAAGCUAUCCAGUGCAUUGAGUAACACUGCGUUUUCAUACCGGAAACUUCCAAGUGCCAGGUCUGUAUCGAGGGAGAUGAUACAGCUUUCCGAGGUGGGGACGAUUCACGAUCCUGCCGAGGCCCCCAUUUUCGUCAACGUUGAGGCUACAGAAGAAGAUGCGCGUGUUGAUCUGAACUAUUGGACGGACUUUCUUUCCGAAGGACAAGCAGAGAACGUCGCCAACACAUUCCUCAAAUCGCUUGAGGAUAUCGUGCAUCGUUUCGGGGAUGAGGUCCAUCAGAUCGAUAAUUUCAGCGAAACCAACAAGCAGCAGAUUACGCUAUGGAACAACAAAACGCCCGAAGCGGUCGACAAAUGCAUCCAUGAGAUGGUCGAUGAACAUGCGAAGUCUAACCCGGAUGCUGUGGCUAUCAAGAUAUGGGACGGCAGUCUCACCUACGGCAAGGUCAAUGAAUUGUCCUCACUUCUCGCCACAUACCUAGCAAAGCUCGGCGUGGGAUCUGGAGAUGUGGUGCCCAUCGAUUUUACUAGAUCUGUUUGGCAGAUUGUUGCCAUUCUUGCUGUUUUCAAGGCUGGUGGCAUAUGCGUUCCGAUCGAGAAGAAUUCACAGCAGGAUUUCGACACUUGGAUCGCCGACAAUGGCUGUCAAGUUGCCCUUGCAACUCCAAGCCGAGCACAGCUACUCGAAGGCAUAGUUCCAUACGCUAUUCCCGUGGGCAGAUCUCUCUUCCAGUACUUGCCUGAGACUCAUGGGGUGUUCAAUUCACCUGCCCAGACAUCGAACGAUGCCUAUGUUGUCUAUAGCGCCGAGAACUCAAAAGCUAUCGUGCUCGACCAUCGUGCGGUGUCAACCAGGGCAAAGACUUUUGCUUCGACUCUUGGACUAAACAAUGAAACCAAGAUGCUGCAGCAUGCGCUCUACACUUCUGAUAUGUUCCUCCAAGAAGUCUUCGGCACGUUUGCAAGCGGCGGAUGUGUUUGCAUUCCAUCUGACGAUGGCUCGAGCCAUCUGCCGAGAGCAAUCAAUACCUUGCAGGCAAAUUGCGUCAGUCUCCCGCCAUCGUCAGUUUUAGCUCUACAGCCAGCAGAAGUUCCGGGGGUGAAGCUACUCGCUUUGUGGGGUGAAAGCUUGACUGAUAACCUUUUUGGCAUCUGGUCAAAGAAGGUCCAAUUGCAUACACUUUAUGGUGCACCCGAGUGCUCCUCUGUUAGCAUUCACAGCUCGAAAGCUCAAUUGUCGGAUGGUCUGCCAGUCAUCGGAUCAAGUGCUGGAUGUGUUUCAUGGCUUGUGGAUCCUUGCAACCAUGACCUCCUGGUUCCUGUUGGAUGUGUCGGUGAAUUGUUGAUAGAGGGCCCCGGUCUGUCUCGUGGCUACUUCGACAAUGAAGAACUCACUAGACGCAGCUUUAUCGAGAACCCCAAAUGGAGAUGCGAAUACAACCAGCCAGCUCACGAUGAUGACGAAGAACAGGGGUCUGGAAAGCCGACAUACCGCCUCUUCAAGACCGGAGAUCUGGCCCGCUACAACAGCGAUGGCACGUUGGUCUAUGUGGGCAAGAAGGAUCGUGGAACGCACUGGCAGCAACAGGCAGCUGCUAUACAGCUUGAAAAGCGCAUCUCCACGCCUUCAACUACAGGUGCCCACUGUGUCGUCGAGGCACUUAGCAAAGAAGGUGACAAAUCUGUUGGAGGAUCUUUCGCCGUUUUUGUCUUCAAUGGCAACGUCGAAUCAAAGACUGCGGAACCACAGUUGUUCGGACAGAUGACGCCUGAGAUCCAUGAAUCAAUGACCAAGCUGCACGUCCAGUUGUCGGGAUUGUCUGCGAGCCAGAUUCCAAAGUUUUAUUUCCCGAUGAUUAAGAUGCCGUUGUAUUCAUCUGGCAAGCUGAAUCGACAGGCAUUGAGAGAUGAGGCAGAGCGUUCAUCUGAAGCCUCUCGGUCUAGAUACGAUAUUAGAGGCUUCAACGACUUUUGGAGAGCGGAAUUUUCCAACUCGACAGCCUCGCCAGAAUUUCCGCCACCCCCAGCUCUGUCAGCGGCAUCGCGCAGUGCACCUGUCUCCAAGGAAGCAACCAAGAGCGUCCAGAUAUCUUGGUGCGACUCUAUCAAGUCGAGACAUCUAGGCGUCCGGUCUGCUCUUCUUUCUGCCUGGGCGUUGACUGUUCAUGGAUACACUGGCUCCAAUGAUGUUGUCUUUGGAGAAUCGCUAGAUGAUUCGGAGGAUGUGGUACCCCGACGCUUCCAGAUAGACAAUGCUUUUACUGUCACCGACUUACUGGACAGAACAGUUGAUCAUUUGACUGCAGCCAAGCCUCACCAGUGGACAGGACUCCAGCGAAUUCAGAGUCUUAAUGCUGAUACGGCGCGCGCCUGCAAGUUUCGGAACCUGCUGUCCAUAUGCCACAUGCGUGGUCAGCAACAAACCUCGCAGCUUGAGAGGUCGGAAGCCAGUGUGACAGACAAAGAUGAAGCCGAUGCUUAUCCUCUGGCUGUUUGCUGCAUUCUGGAUGACGUCAGUAUGCAAGUCGUUGCUCGUUAUGACGAGACCACACUGUUUACUACUCAAGCCGAACAACUGAUGGACCAGCUUGUCGCUUGCAUUGGGCUCCUGAACACCGAGUCUAGUAUGAGCAAGACUAUUGGGGACUUGUCCAGUGACAAUGGAAACUUCUGCUCCUUCAGUCAUGAUGAGGCCUACUGGACCAAUUACGCAGAAGAAAUUGAGCUGCAGUGCCUUGAACACCUUCCUGCAGGCACUCAGACAAGCGUUGAAAUAGUCAUGCCUGAAGCCGAGUCAAUGGCAAAAUGCCCGGCAGUUUUCUUUACUGUUGGUGGGCACGACAUUCCAGAUAUGGCAAAGGGAGAGCUGAUAUUGCCAAUGACUGAGUCUGUGGCUGGCCUCAUCAAAAGCCUGCACAACUCCAUCAGCGUGUCAUUGCCACCUGCUAUGUUGCCUAAGCUCUACUUCCCCAUGCGUCACCUGCCGGUUGGAACCACUGCUAAAGUCGACCGCAAAGAGCUUCGCGCUAUGGUGGACACACUGAGCAAGGAGGACUUGAAGCCUUACGUCGUCUUCAAUGUUGGCACACAGAGCGUUUCUGAAGUUGAAAUGGAGGGAACGGAAGGCUCUCUCCAGGGACUAUGGGAGAAAGCUCUCAACCUUGCUCCAGGGUCUCUUAGUCCUGAAGACAAUUUCUUCGGCUUGGGUGGUGAUUCGUUCUCUGCCAUGAAGCUUGUAACAGCAGCGACCUCCUUGGGAAUAUCGCUUUCUGUGGCUGAUAUUUACAAGACGCCUGUGUUUAAGGACAUGGCAAAGAACUGCGGGGCUCUGGAAACGCAGCCUGAUAUCCCGACAGUUGAGCCAUUCACCCUCCUACCUGCUUCCUUGUCACGCGAAGAAAUCAUGGAGGAAGUGGUCAGUCAAUGUGGCGUGGAUAGACAGCAGAUUUCCGACAUCUACCCUUGCAGUCCCGUUCAAGAAGGCCUGCUCACACUCUCUAUCAAGCAAUCAGGUGCCUAUGUCGCUCGGCCCGUCUUUCAACUUGCGGAGGGAGCUGACCUCCAAAAGUUCAAGGCUGCUUGGCAAAUGACAGUGGACGAAAUGGACAUCCUGCGCACCCGGAUCGUACACACGGAGUCUGCCAACUUUGUUCAGGCCGUGCUUACUUCGACCACGAUCUCCUGGGACUUCGCAACCGAUUUCGACUCUCUGGCUGGUGGGACUAUUGACUUGGCGAAGAAUAACGGAGGUAUGAUGACAGGUUAUGGCAUUGUCGAGUCGGAGGUUUCCUCUGCGCGCUAUUUUGUUUGGACCGUGCAUCACUCUCUCUAUGAUGGAUGGAGCUUGGGGCAAGUUUUGAGGAGAGUGGAGGAGAUUUACUCGAAGUCGUCGAAGCCAACUUCAACGCUUCCUUAUAAGCUGUUCAUCAAUCAUCUGAUGGCGAAAGACGACGCCCUGUCGGAUGAAUUCUGGAAGACUCAUCUUGCGGGCCUGUCCGCUUACCCUUUCCCUCCCAACAAGCCAUCUCCUGACGCCAUCCGCGUUGGAAAUAGGCAUCACAGCUCUGUUGAGGUCUCACGUGCAUCUAGCAGUCCCAAUCUGACAAUCCCCGAAAUAAUCCGAGCUGCGUGGGCUAUGGUCGUCUCUGUUCAUACUGGAUCCGGAGAUGUCUGCUUCGCCGAAACGCUCAUGGGAAGAAACAUCGACAUGGCUGGGGCCACGGAGAUUGCAGGACCCGUCCUUACUACGAUCCCGACCCGAAUUGCUGUCGACAAUGAGCUCCCGGUCAUUCAGUACCUGCAGAAUGUGCGCCAAUUGACUACAUCGAUGAUAACGCACCAGCACUCGGGACUUCAAAGAAUCCGAAAGCUUAGCAGCGAUGCUGCUCUGGCUUGUGAGUCCCAGAACCUAUUGGUCAUCCAAUCGAACGAAGGUCAACUCAACGACAGCAUCUGGGAGCCGAAGCACAACCUGACCGAAGGAGAUUUCUUCACUCACCCGAUUGUUGUCGAAUGCAAGAUUGACGAAUCGCGGGUUUCUGUUACGCUUCACCAUGAUGAGCUCGUUUUCGACAGCUGGCAGGCGGAGAUGCUCAUUGGCCAAUUCGGGUUUGUGCUAGAGCAACUGUUUGCAGUUUCAGUCGAUGAUGCUAGGAAGGUUGGGGAACUGGAGGUUUCUAGCCCUCAUGAUAAGGAGGAAAUCUCUUCUUGGAAUUCACACAGCCUGACAUGUGUGGACCGAUGUGUCCAUCAUAUCAUCGAAGAGAAGGCAUCCAACCGACCCCAAGCUCCUGCCAUUUGCUCCUGGGAUGGCCAGCUCUCAUACCAGGAGCUUUACCAGCUUGCCUCCUCAUUUGCCGUCUAUCUGAAUUCCCGCGGAAUUGGGCCAGAGACGCUGGUUCCGAUUUGCAUGGAUAAGUCCAUGUGGGCUGUCGUCACUAUACUUGGCGUUCUCAUUGCUGGUGGAGCAUUUGUUCCCCUGGAUCCUGCCCAUCCGACAUCAAGACACAAGGAGAUUCUGGCCGAAGUGGAGGCCCGUGUUGUGCUGUGCUCUCCCAAGUAUCACAAUCGCUAUACUGGCGCAGUUAAAGCCAUCGUCCCUGUCAGCAAAGAGACAAUUAAGGCUUACUGUGCUCUCACGACCAAAGACAAGGGUUCUGACAGUGUUGAACCCUCUAACAUGGCCUUUGCAAUCUUUACCUCUGGAAGUACUGGUCGUGCCAAGGGUAUCAUCAUCAACCAUAGGGCACUUUCAAGCAGCGGCAUGGCAUUCGGGCCCAUGGUGAAUCUCGAUGAGAAUUCUCGGGCCUUCCAAUUUGCCUCUCUUACGUUCGAUGCGGCUGUCAUGGAAGUCCUCGUUACCCUGAUGCAUGGAGGUUGUGUGUGCAUUCCAAGCGAAGACGAGCGCCUGAACGAUGUUGCCGGUGCUAUUCGGCGAAUGGAAGUCUCUUGGUCGUUCUUGACUCCCUCCAUUGCCAGCAUCCUCGAACCAUCAUCUGUGCCAUCAUUAAAGACUCUUGUCUGCGGUGGAGAGAAGAUGUCACGCGAGGUGAUCACCAAGUGGGCGCACCGAGUGAAUCUUAUGAACGGAUAUGGACCAACCGAGACCACUAUUUUUGCGGUCAUCAACACAGACGUUGCUUCCAAUCCGGAUCCCGCUUGCAUUGGCUACGGAAUUCCUUGCACGCUGACCUGGGUUGUUGAUCCUGAUGAUCAUAACAAAUUGACACCCUUGGGUGCUGUCGGCGAACUGGCCCUGGAAGGUCCUGCGCUGGCUAGGGAAUAUCUCAAGAACCCUACCAAAACAGCCGAGGCUUUUGUGGACGAGCCGACGUGGAUCAAGAACUUCCCAAGCUCCCUUCCUUCGCCUAGAAGGAUUUACAAGACUGGAGACCUCGUCAAGUACAAUCCCGACGGUACUGUGGAAUAUAUCGGCCGUAAAGACCACCAAGUGAAACUUCACGGUCAGCGCAUGGAGCUUGGAGAGAUCGAACAUCGCCUUUACGAGGAUCCCCGCGUCCGCCACGCUGUUGUCAUCCUGCCAAUGAAUGGGCCGUUGAAGAAGCGCCUAGUUACGGUCAUGUCGCUGAAUUCAGUGGCUGCUGAAAAGAGCAUCAUCUCAGACAAUUCGUGUGAGCUCAUUGCUCGGACCAAAUCCAUGCAGUCUGCUUAUCAGGAACUUGUGGAUAUUCAAAAGAGUCUGGAAACCCAGUUGCCGGUCUACAUGGUCCCGAAGGCCUGGGCUCUCAUUAAGCAGUUGCCGAUGCUGGUGUCCGGAAAACUUGACAGGAAGCGGAUCACCGCUUGGCUGGAACAGGUUGACAGUGUCUCCUGCGAUCGCAUCAUGGGAGCUAACUACAGCACCAAGCCGGGAGAAGUUGAAGAGGAAGAGAUUGAGCAGGAAGAGGUGGAGCAGAAAGAAGAGGAUCAGGAAGCCUCGGUCCAGCUUAUUCGGGAUAUCUUUUCUCAGGUUCUCAAUCUGCCGCCUCAAAAGAUCAACCCGGAGCGCUCAUUCGUGAGCCUAGGCGGUGAUAGUAUUACUGGAAUGGCUGUCAUUUCGCGCGCGCGAAAGCAUGGGCUCACACUGACUCUCCACAACGUGCUUCAGAGCAAGUCCGCCAAGGAGCUUGCUCUCACCGGUGAAAUGAAGGUCACAACGGUCCGAAAGGAAGAAAAGUCUGGGGAGCAAUUCGGUUUGGCUCCUAUCCAGCGGCUGCUGUUCCAGUCGGCAGAUAGCUUCCGGGAUUCGUCUCGCUUCAACCAGAGCAUGACAGUUCGCGUUACCCGCAAGAUCCAGCCCAAGGAGAUGGAUCGUGCUGUUAGGGCCGUUGUUGAACAGCAUUCCAUGUUCAGAGCGCGACUGUUCAAGUCUAAUGGAGAGUGGCAGCAGAAGAUCACUGAUGACGUUGAUGGGUCUUAUCGCUUCCGCCAUCAUACGGUCGGUCAGGAAAACGAAAUCCUGCCUUUGAUUGCCGAAAGCCAACGUGCUGUGGACGUCGUAAAUGGUCUUGUCGUUGCGGCAGACCUUUUCGAAGUGUCUGGCAUGCAGAUUCUUUUCCUCGUGGCCAGCCAUAUCUGCGUUGACAUGGUAUCCUGGCGCAUCGUCCUGCAAGAUAUCCAGGACCUCCUUGAUGGUGGAUCGCUCUCUACCGAAAAGCCGCUGUCAUUCCAGGCCUGGUGCAACCUUCAGCAUGAAGAGAGCAAGAAGACCAAGGGCAGCAUCCAGAUUCCUUUCUCCAUUCAGCCUCCUAACCUAAGCUACUGGGGCAUGGACCAAUCGCAGAACCUCUACGGUCACGUCAAGAUGGAAAGUUUCACGGUAGAUGCUGCCGCUACUACGCAAAUCCUUGAGGCCUGCCAGAAGGUCCUCCGCACCGAGGCUAUUGAAGUCAUUCUUUCGGCUGUUAUCUAUUCAUUCCGCCGGACCUUUACUGAUCGAGAGGUUCCGACUAUUUACAACGAAGGCCACGGCCGCGAGACUUGGGACGAUUCUAUUGAUCUCUCGAGAACCGUGGGUUGGUUUACAACGAUGUGUCCUCUAUAUGCCGGUGAUGGCUCUGAUCUCUUGGAUACCUUGAAGCGUGUCAAGGACACAAGGCGCCAACUCAGCAGUAAGAGCCGGCCGUACUUCGCGGAGAGCCUGCUUCAUCCGGCAGACAAAGCAGCGAACAACUUCCCAGUUCCGCUUGAGAUUCUGUUCAACUACCUUGGCCAGCUUCAGCAGCUGGAACGCAGCGACUCCAUCUUCCAGCAUUAUGGUGAUGCGUACAACGCCGAGACCUUCGAGGUGGCAGGUGACAUGGGAUCUGAGACGCCUCGAUUUGCUCUGUUUGAGAUUUCGGCGCUCAUCAUCAAGGACAAGAUUCAGGUCUCAUACAUCUACAACCGGCACAUGCAGCAUGAGCAAAAGAUCCAUGGCUGGAUAUCUGAAUGUAAAAGAGUGCUGGAGGAAGACAUGCUUCGCCUCGGAGGCCUUGCGCCUGAACCCACUCUCAACGACUAUCCCUUGCUGCCAAUGACCUAUGAGGGACUGCACAGUAUGGUCAAGAGUACCUUCCCCAAGUUUGGAAUCGAGAGCUGGGAUCAAGUUGAAGACGUCUACCCGUGCUCGCCUGUGCAAGAGGGUAUCCUUCUCAGCCAGCUCCGGGACCCCAAGGGUUACCUGUUCCACGUCGUCUUCGAGGUACUUCAUUCCGAAGGCAGCGCGGUCGAUGUGAAGAAGCUCCGAAAGGCGUGGACCACAAUCGUCACCAGACAUCCUAUCCUGAGAUCCACUUUCAUUGACAGCAACUACAAGGGUGGGUCCUUUGACCAGGUUGUGGUAAAGGAGCUUGAUGACGAGGUUAUUGAGUUCGAAUGCGACGACUCGGAUGCCCUGGGAACGCUGGAAGAAAUCAAACUCUGCGAUAUCAAUGCCGAGAGAACGACCAAGCUUGCUCACCAGGUGACACUCUGCAAUACAUCAUCUGGGCGAGUACUGUUCAAGAUCGAGAUGAACCACGCCAUUAUCGACGGUGGAUCGCUUGACAUACUCCUCAGGGAUCUCGCACUUGCCUACAAUGACCAGCUUCCUGUGGGAACCGGACCGCUCUUCAGCGAUUACGUCAAAUACGUCAAGGGUCAAGCUCAGCAAAAAGCUGUCGGACACUGGGUCGAGUAUCUUUCUGGAGUUCGUCCUUGCAAUCUGUCGCUCUCUUCCGGGAGUGGUAACGGCAAGCUCGGUGAGCGCAUGAUGGAUUUCAAGCGCUUCCCUGAGCUACAGAAGUUCUGCGAGGCUAACUCAGUUACCCUUGCCAACCUGACACUCUGUGCCUGGGCUAUUGUGCUCCAGAGUGUGACGGGAUCGGAUGACGUCUGCUUUGGUUAUCCCUCUGCUGGGCGUGAUUCUCCUGUCCCCGGAAUCCAGGAUGCAGUUGGUAUUUUCAUCAACAUGCUCUGCUGCAGAGUCCAAUUUACGCCUGGACAGACGCUUCUCGAUAUUGCCAAGAAGGUGCAGGAUGAUUUCAUCCGGAAUGUGCCGCACCAACACUGCUCCCUGGCCCAGAUUCAGCAUGAGCUUGGGUGGCACGGAAAGCCGCUUUUCAACACGACCCUUUCGAUACAGAACCGCUCUGCUAACAAGGGCACGGAGAAGAGAGUACUCGAGUUUGAGCCUCGAAAGGCGCAUGAUCCGACCGAGUACCCCGUGACGGUGAACGUGGAGACCACUAAGGGUCGUGAAGGUAUCUUGUUGAGAUACUGGACUGACUCGGUGACUGAAAGUCAGGCAAAGGAUCUAGCCGAUGCCAUUGCCAAGGUUUUUGCGUGCUUUGUUGAUGAGCCAACGAAGCUUGUUUCGGGCUUGGGUCUUCGCAACUUGCCACAGAACCGGGGGUUGCACAGCCGGGAGCCGAUCAUCGCAGACCAGUUGAUUGACAGCUAUGCCUUGCAGAGAAUUAUUGAUGACCGCGUCAAUGAGAUCAUUGGUCAGAUGCUGGAGGACGGGAAGCUUGCCCUACCCUUUGCUCAAGGCCGGGAGACCAGUUAUUCAAAGGGGUCUUCCCGCAUCAAGAUGGUCGAGACCGAUGACGAAAAAGAUCUUUCAGCCUCGAUUCCAUCUUUGACCGACGAUGGCAGAAGUUCUUCGGACAACGAUAGGCGUCUCUGGGACCUGUGGAAAUCGACAUUGGGGCUCUCUUCGGAUAUCAUACAAUACCGGAGCAGCUUCUUCCAGCUAGGAGGUGAUAGUAUCACGGCGAUGAAGAUGGUCAGUGCUGCGCGAGAGGAGGGACUGCAGCUGACUGUGGCCGGUGUGUUCAAUAACCCGGUGUUUGAGGAUAUGCUGGUCAUCGUCACUCCGAGAAGCAGCACCACGUCGAAUGCCGAGACGCAGGGCGAGAACAACAUCGAGAAGCUCAUUGAGGUGACGUCCGAUGCAUCUCAGAACACCACCCCGCCCCAGGACAUCUCAGUGCUGAGGCCGAUGCAGCUCGAUGCCAUGUCUCUGCUGGACGUCAUCUGCCCCAAGAUCGGUGUGUUUAAGGGAGGAGUUGCCGACGUCCUCCCUGUCACGGACUUCCAGUCCAUGUCGAUUGCUGCCACGCUCUUCGGAUCGAGGUGGAUGCUGAACUACUUCUUCCUGGACGGAAACGGCCCGCUAGACAUUAGACGGCUCCGCGAGAGCUUCCUGCGGGUGGUCGAUGCCUUUGAUAUUCUUCGGACCGUCUUUGUCUGUCACAACGGACAGUUCUUCCAGGUGGUUCUGAGGAAGAUACGGCCUGAGAUUUUCGUGGAGGAGACGGAGCAAAGCCUUAACGAGUACACGGAGGGCCUGCAGAAACGAGACCGCGAGCAAGACCCGCGCCAGGGUGAACAGUAUGUGCAGUUCUACGUGGUGAAGAAGAAGAACAGCGACAUCCACCGCAUCCUGAUCCGGAUGUCGCACGCCCAGUUUGACGGCGUGUGCCUGCCCAAGAUCAUGACCGCCAUCAAACUCGGCUACGAAGGCAGCACGCUACCUCCCGUCUUCUCGUUCUCCAACUACAUGCGCAUGCUGCCCGGAAACAUCACCCCUGCCCACUACCACCACUGGACGACCAUCCUUAAGGGCUCCAAAAUGACCGAAGUCAUCCGGCGCCGGCAGCCCAACGCCUAUCUGCACAUUGGGGCGUUCGCGGAGCAGAAGCGGACCAUCGAGAUCCCAUCGACCGCCAUCGGCAACGUCACCCUCGCGACUGUCAUGCAGUCCGCAUGGGCUGUGACCCUCGCGAAGCUGACAGCCCAGUCGGACGUGGUCUUCGGACUCACGGUCAACGGCCGCAACGCCAGCGUUCCCGGCAUCGAGACCACCGUCGGGCCCUGCCUGAACAUCCUCCCGAUCCGGGUCAACUUCCGUGAGCACUGGACCGGACUGGACCUCUUCCGCUACCUCCAGGACCAGCAAAUCGCCAACAUGCCCUACGAGUCGCUCGGGUUCCGCGAGAUCAUCCGCAACUGCACCGACUGGCCGGACUCCACGUACUUCACAACCUCCGUGUUCCACCAAAACGUCGACUACCAGGGUCAGAUGCAGCUCGACGGUACCAACUACCAAAUGGACGGUGCCGGGGUCGUUGACAACUUCAUGGACCUCACCCUAGUCUCCAAGUCCAGCGGCACCGACCGCCUCGACGUGUCAAUCGGAUACUCCCUCAAGAGCCCCAUCCCGGCCCCCUUCAUCGCCAAAGCCCUCAACAUGGUCUGCGAGACCGUGCAAAGCCUCAUCGCCAACCCCAGCGUCCCCCUCGCUUCCCCGUCCACCAUCCGCUCCCUCCCCAGCCAAGCCAUCAUCGAACCCCCCAAGCCCUCCGACGCCCCCUUCCUCUCCUCCAACCUCAACUCCCGCAAGAUGUCCGAGAUCGUCGUCCACUCUGAUAUUCUUACUCGCGCCUGGCAGCAGGUCCUGCGGAGGAACAGCAAGACCUCGUCCCCGUACCAGCUUGAUGCGUCGUUCUUCGAUCUCGGCGGCGAUGUCAUGGACGUUGCGCAGAUCGUCUGGAUCCUCCAGGAGGAGGGCUUCCAUGUUCGUUUGGAGGAUUUGCUUGAGCAUCAUACUUUCCUGGGUCAGAUGGCUGUUAUGGCGAUGUAUCGUCAGAAAGCGGAGAAGAAAGUGGACGGGGGUGUGGAAGUCGUUGCGGAGCAGGAACGGCCUGUUGAUGUCUUGACGGAGAUGGCGGAGACUGGCGUUGAUGCUGGUGCUGAUACUGGUACUGGUACUGGUACUGGCACUGGUGCUGGAAGUUGGAGCUCGCUGGGUCGGGCGAUGACGCUGGCGAAGAAGUUCACAAAGUGGGGGGUUGCGGGGAGGAAGUGAUCAAUCUUUCUUCCUUAUCUUCUUUCUCUCCUUGACUCCUCCCUCUAUAAUGUUUUUUUUGUUGAUGAUAUGGGGUAAUCCCCCCCCCCUCCUUUGAGAUGGUUAUUUUGUUUAUGAAGUUAGACACUUUCUUUGUUUUGGGAUGUUCAUAUUAUCUUUGUUUUGGGAUAUAUCUGAUGCUGUUUGGGUAUUGUUUUUUUUUGCAUUUUGCAUUUUUGGUCUUGUUGGUUUGGUGUGGGUAUAGAUUGCCCUGUCUUUUAGAUAUUAUUUCUGUUCAUUCUUGGAUAUUAUUCAUUUGUUCUGUGGAUAUCAAUUACUCUGUUUAUAAGUUCAUAAUCAU